CCUCCGCGGGCACCGACGGCCCCGGCGCCCAACUUUUGCCCCCCUCCCCCACCCCUCCCCCGAAACUCCAGGCAACAAAGAAAAAUAGUCGAAGGAGCGGAGCUCCUGGCUGGGCCGCCCCUACGCGCCGAAGAAGCUGAGUACAAUGGCCACCCAGGUGAUGGGGCAGGCCUCUGGAGGAGCUGGCCUGUUCUCCAGCAGCGGCAACAUCAACAUGGCCCUGCCCAAUGACAUGUAUGACUUGCACGACCUCUCCAAAGCUGAGCUGGCUGCGCCUCAGCUCAUCAUGUUGGCCAAUGUGGCCCUAACUGGAGAAGUAAAUGGCAGCUGUUGUGACUACCUGGUUGGUGAAGAAAGGCAGAUGGCGGAAUUGAUGCCAGUUGGGGAUAACAACUUCUCAGACAGUGAUGGAGAAGGGCUGGAGGAGUCUUCUGAAGUAAAAGGUGAGCCUAUUGGACUGGAGAACGUGGAACUGAGGAAUCUGGAGCUCAGUGUUGUAGAACCUCAGCCUGUAUUUGAGGCGCCAGCUGCACCAGAGGUUUACAAUUCCAAUAAAGAUCUUCCUCCUGAAACACCUGGAGCAGAGGACAAGUGCAAGAACUUGAAGACCAAACCCUUUCGCUGUAAGCCGUGCCAAUAUGAAGCAGAAUCUGAAGAACAGUUUGUGCAUCAUAUCAGAGUUCACAGUGCCAAGAAGUUUUUUGUAGAAGAAAGUGCAGAGAAGCAGGCCAGAGCCAGGGAGUCUGGCUCUUCUCCUGCUGAAGAGGAAGAUUUCUCGAAGGGUCCCAUCCGCUGUGACCGCUGUGGCUACAACACCAAUCGAUAUGAUCAUUACACUGCUCACCUGAAGCACCACACCAGAGCUGGGGAUAACGAGCGAGUGUACAAGUGUAUCAUUUGCACAUACACCACUGUAAGCGAGUAUCACUGGAGGAAACAUCUGAGAAACCACUUUCCAAGGAAAGUGUACACAUGCGGCAAGUGCAACUACUUUUCAGACAGAAAAAAUAAUUAUGUCCAGCAUGUUCGGACUCACACAGGAGAGCGCCCAUAUAAAUGUGAACUUUGUCCAUACUCGAGUUCUCAGAAGACUCAUCUAACUAGACACAUGCGCACUCAUUCAGGUGAGAAGCCAUUUAAAUGUGAUCUGUGCAGUUAUGUGGCCUCUAAUCAGCAUGAAGUAACUCGCCAUGCAAGACAGGUUCACAAUGGCCCUAAACCUCUUAAUUGCCCUCACUGUGACUACAAAACAGCAGACAGAAGCAAUUUCAAAAAACAUGUAGAGCUCCAUGUUAACCCACGGCAGUUUAAUUGUCCUGUAUGCAACUACGCAGCUUCUAAGAAGUGUAAUCUGCAGUAUCAUUUCAAAUCCAAGCACCCUACUUGUCCUAGUAAAACAAUGGAUGUCUCAAAAGUGAAACUAAAGAAAACCAAAAAGCGAGAGGUUGACUUGCCUGAUGCCAGUAUUAAUAACGAAAAAACAGAAACAGAACAGACAAAAACAAAGGGGGAUGCAGCUGGAAAGAAAAAUGAAAAAUCAGUAAAAGCGGAGAAAAAAGAUGUUUCAAAAGAGAAAAAGCCUAGUAGCAAUGUCCCAGCAAUCCAGGGGACUUGCAGAACUCGCAAAUCAGCCGUAGAGACAAAAGAGAUGGAUGUGCAUACAGAAAAUAAUUCAGAAAAACCCCGUAAAACCAAGAAAAGCAAAAGGAAGCUAGAAGCUGAAGUCCAGUCCUUGCGUGACUCUGCGAAUGUGGAGGGACCCGGACCCGUAAGGAAAAAGAAGAAGUUGGAAAGCAAAUCCAAAAGUGGUCAGGAGACUCCUAAGGGUGACAAAAAAGUAGGAGAGAAUAAGGAGGAAAAUAAAAAGCAAAAUGCCUGUGCGAAGAAAAGUACAAAGAAGAAAGCUCUGAAAAGUAAAUCGGCCAAGAAAAGCAGCAAGCGUGCUCAGAAGGAGGCUGCUCAGGAGGAGGUUGCUCAGGAGGGACCCGCGAGGGUGGAGCCACCCCUGCCUGACCCCUGCCAGGCUGCUGAGCAGGUGUCCACACAGGCGCAGGCCGAGCCCCCAGUGGCAGAGCCACCCCUGGCAGAGCCACUUCAGGUGCCCAUGGAGGGCAUCGAGGAGGGGGCCCCACUUGUGCAGCCCGCUCCUGAGCCGCCAACCCCCGUGGAGCCUGUGCAGCAGGAUGGUGCACAAGAGGAGCCGCAGCCUCGGGGGCAGCCCCCCCUUCAGAUGGAGCCAGUGCCGAGGAAGUCUCCGCGGAAAGACAGUAAGAGGGAAAAGCCCAGCACGCAGAAGGAAGUGCCCCGCAAGGAGCAGGUCCUUAUGGAAGUUGGGUUGAUGCCAGUGAAGGACAGUCAGCUUCUAAAGGAGAGCACAGGCGCACAGGACCGCUCAGCAGUGUCGUCGCCGUCGCCACUGCCAAAGCAGCUGGCGUCAGAAGACCGAAACUUACUCUGCGCAGGUCCGGGAGAUGGAGAAGGCCCCCUGCUGGAAGAGGAGGCCGAAGGGGCCCAGGAGAGUGUGGGCGGAGGAGCUGUCCCCGAGGAGGCCACUGGUGUGCCAGCGCCAGCUUCAGUCCCAAAGUUGAGCAUGCUGGAGACUGAAACCUCAGCCGGUGAGCAUCAGCCGCCUGCCGAUGAGCCUUGUGAGAUGGAAACGGUCACAGAGGAGGGUGCCACAGAGAAGCUUCCCGCUAACGGUGCUGCAGCAGUCGAAGAACCAGCUUCGCCAGCGCUUUUGUCCCCACAGGUGGAAGAACGAGAAGCAGAGUCGAAAACCACUCUGGCUUUGGCUUCUGCCAGUGCAACUGUAAACGAGUCUCAGGAAAUUGAUGAAGACGAAGGCAUCCACAGUCAUGACGGAAGUGACCUAAGUGACAACAUGUCAGAAGGUAGUGAUGAUUCUGGAUUGCAUGGGGCUCGGCCGGUUCCCCAAGAAACUGGUUCAAAAAGUACAAAGGAAGCCCUGCCGGUCAAAGUGGUUGAGGGAGAUUUUGUCUGUAUCUUCUGUGAUCGUUCUUUUAGAAAAGAAAAAGAUUACAGUAAACACCUCAAUCGCCAUUUAGUUAAUGUAUACUUUCUUGAAAAAGCAGCUAAAGGGCAGGAGUAAUUAAACUUCAGACAAGGUUACAGUUUUUAGUUUGUAAGAGCUAUUACAUUUGUAUUUGUUUAUAGUGAUAACUUUUAAGAUUGCUUUAAUUAGUGCCCAAUGUUGAUCUUUUUAAGUAGCAUUGUUUUCUUUAAGACUUGUGUGCUUGUUGAUGUAUGAAUUUUAGGAACCCCCAAAACCUUAGGGGGUUAGUGUACUAAAACCAGCAGACCCGAAUCUGUUAGCCGAUAACAUUCAUAGCAGCGUUGUUGCUCUGUCUAUCUAGGACUCCUGUUUUUCUCUCCAUGUCAGUCUUCUGUUUCGCUUUAGUUUCUUGUUAGUUCCUUGUUUAGCUGUAUAAAAAUUGGCUUGAGCAAAUUACUUGAAUUUGCCUGCUUUACAUAAAGUUAGCACUUUAAGAUUUCUUUAGAGAUGAGAAAAGACAUUUAAACUGAAGAAAAAUUGGCCAACAAUGGACAUUGUAUCAGUCCAGGUAUUUACUUCCUGAUUCUUGAUCAAUAUUUCACGUUUGUGUGUUAAUCGUCAUAAAACAGUGAUUUUUGGUGUGUUUUUAUUUUGGUGCUUUAAUGGCUUGAGAUGUUGCACAUUGUUUUUUGUUUUUCUUUAACCUAUGCAGUUAAAUUUUUUCUAGAAGUAGCGUUUGCAUUGACCAGUAACACUUUAAACAUGUAUGCAUGUUUAUUUUGGCCUCUUUGGCGGGAUGCUUUUAGGCUUGUUGGCAAAGCAGCAGGUUUUUCUUUGCCGCAGUUGUCUUUUUAGCAGGAAUAGUAGUGUGUGCAAGUUUGUGAGCAGGUGAAACAUGCAGGUUCAGUCUGUUGAUUCUGAUUUUCACUUAAUCUAUGCCAGAAUCUGUAUUGUAUAAAUUAUUUAUUUUGAAUGAAUAUAGUAAACUCACAGGUCUGUUAUGAUUUUUGUAAUAAACCACUAGGUUCCAUAGUGAACAAAUUCUUAUUUCAAAUACCAGUUUUUUUUUUUUUUUUUUUGGACUUGUUUUGGUAUAGCUACUUUGUAAUUGUAGUGUUACAUCAUAUCUUUAGGGAAACUUUUUUCAUGGAUCAUUGGUGUCCAUGAAGCUAUUCAGUUGAAUGAAAAGCUGUAAGUGAUGUUUGGGAUUUCAAACCUGGAACCAGGAGACCUAAUUCAAGUUUUAAAGAGAGUCACUUGUGAGACUCCAAAGCCAUAGCUAUUAACAGCAUGCAUCUGUAACGAGAGGUGGUAUGAAUUCUGGCAAGCCAGCUGCAACUUCCUAUGAACACAGUCAGUACGGCUUUUGAAUUUAAAUACAGUCCAGAUUAAAGUCCUACUUGCUCAGGGAUCUCCACGCACUAGUGGGUGUCCUGGCUGUCCGUGCGACAGCCUCUUGCUACAGGUGAGACCUCAAGUGAACUGCAGCUGCCCUGGUGUCCCUGUGGGGUGCUGUGUGUGAAAGGCGUGUGCACUGCAAAACUGGGAAGUUCUUUGGCCAGCUGCCAAAGUGUGUGAAAGACUUCAAGGUAGGAUUUUUUUGUACUGUUAGGAGUUGUUCCCUGCAGUAAGAUAAAAUACGAUCCCAGUGAGGGUAUUGUGAAUUUUGACCUCCCAUGUUCUGAAAGUAACCCUUUAUGUUUCUUUUAUUUUCCUUUACCUGGGCAUCUGUUUGAAGAAGGUUUCAGAGUAUGGUAGCACACCAGGAAAGUUUGGGACAAGCAUUAAUGUAUGGUCAUCAGAUGUUAAACAUCUGAAAGUAAAUUUUCAGUUAAAAGGUGUUCAAACUCAGAAUUGACUGGGAGGCCAAAGAUUUAAAGAAGCAGAAGAUUGUCUCAAGACGCGAGGAGUAAGUUGUGUGAUGAUGGUGUGUGUUCUGUGUGCAUGAAUGGGAAUUUGUACUUGUUGAAUUCUAGGCUCCGACAAUCAUUGUCAGCAGGAGAUCGAGCUGCAAAUAUUUAUGUUUUAAAAUUUAAAUUAUAAAGCUAGUUAAAUCUUUCUAAUGACUAGUUUUAAUGUUCAUGAGCACAUUUUACUUAACUUUUUACAUUAUAUGAAAAAGAUUCACCUUAAGCACAGAUUGGACACUGGUAAUCUGUGAGGGGAAGAGGUCUUCUGAUUCUUUCAUAGUACAAAGGAAAGAAAUUUGCUUUCUGGUGAAUUGAACAAAUUCCUAAUCUAGUCUUUAAGACUAGAGUGUUAAAAACUAUGAAGGAAAUUAAAACCCCAUGUUAAGUUGAUCUGUAAAAACAUUGUUACUGGAAAUCGAUUGGGACUUGAGGCCUUUCUUCCAGAAAACAAGGACUUGAUUGUCAGGCCUAUAUUAGGUCCUGAACCUUAAUGCCAUGUGUUUGUACUUACUAAAAAUGGUUUCAAUGAAAAGUAUAUUAGUAAUCAGAACUUCUGGUCCAGUUGGGAGUUCUUCCAUUUGCAAAAUAUGUUUGCGAGGAACUGUUUGAAUUUUUAAUUUUCUAGUCCUUCCUCUAGUAGAAUUGAAGCUAGAAUUUCACUUUUGAUAAAAGAACAGAAAAUGAAAAUGCAGUUUGUAAAUUGAUGUUUAGUGACUAGUGAUAAACUUGAAAUACUAGAGAAUAUAUUAUAAGCCUAAUCCUAGGUAGUUUUAUGAAAAUGUAUCUCUUAUUUUUUGAACCUAUAUUCACAUCGAUUUUCAACAUAUUUUAAGUUAUAUUUUUUUUUCCUCUUUCGAGCUGCUUCUUAUUUGGGGGCUACCUUUUUUGUUGUUGUUAAGACUUAAAUUUUGAUAAGGCUUCUUGCAGCUGUGGCUGAUCUUUUGUUCCAGUCUUCCAAGAAGGGCCAUUUUAAUUUUAGAGUCACUUCUAAAGUCAUAUAUGUUCAUGAACUUUAGGGUGUUUGCAUAUGAGUGCCGAUAUAAAUUAAAACCCAAGCUGACCUCAUCUAGUGUCACCCGACGAAUGUUGACAAUGGAAGGAAUACUUUGUCUGUAGUGUAUUCUCACGUGUGGACUGGAAAGCUGGCAAAGAAAUUUAGUUUUCUUUACAUAGACCAGAACAAUUUCAGAAGCUAAAUGUGCCGAGGUCUCUUACUGGCCUCCGCAGAUGAAGUGAGCUGAUAGUGUUAAUUGUUCAGAUUUAAGAAAUUAUCUGAAUCUUGGUUUGUAGAUUUACAAUCUACAUGCUGCAAUAUUAGUAAAGCAGAUAGCUUUUACAGUUCCAUGUGUGUACAUAGACUCAUUCCCACCCCCUUCCACAUCCAGUAGUUACUGAACUUUGUAAACUGGCAUUGUAACAUUACAACAAUGUUUUGUUGCACCAAUUUUAUAAACUUUACAGUGCAAUACUUGUAACUUUUCUGAGGCAAACCAAAGGUAUAUUUCUCAAGGUUUUUGCUGCCUUUAGCAUCAUUUGAUGGAGGAUCUUUUAUACAUUUGUACUAGAUAAAAAUCAGAUUGCAAAUCCUUUUUAAAAUCUUAAACCAUGUACCAGUUUUUUGGUUGAAAUUGUAUAGGAUAAGUUAAAUUGCAUUCUUUUAACCAAUAUGAGUGUAUUUCUGUAAGCAUAGUUAUGUUGAAAUAAAGUUGUGAAAAGCA